CUUUCAUCAUGUGUUGCUUUGGAUGUGUGUUCAGAUGCAUGAAAUGUUUAAUUGUGAAAUGUGUGAUGUUUUGGAAGAAGUUCUUUGGAUUUGGAAAAACAAGUAAAACUCGGGUGUUGCUAGCUGAAAAAUGUACCACGACAGCAGACCUACCACAUUCCCAGUUCAUAUGGAGGGAGGGUCUGAGGAUGGGAUACUAUUGUGAUAAUCAGUUCUCUGGGUUCAGUAAGGGACAGAAUCUGACAGACAUAUAUUGUGACAGAAAAUGUGUCCCUAUUCAUCAGAUUCUGACCAGUAAUGCAUACAGAUAUGGUUGUAAACAGAGGAGAAAAAGAGCAAGAAGAAGAGUAAGUCCAGUCAGUACAGGGAGCUUCUUCCAGAUACCCAGUCCCUCAACAAACAACAACAACCUCCUGAAUGGACUUGAUGACAUCAUCACCGAGGACGUGUCCUCAACAGAGUUCCCUGAAACAUCUGAGGCGAGUGCAUACACUUACAAUGAAUAUGACACGAACACAGAUGAAGAUGGUCAAGGACAGGGGCUGCUUAUUGACCUGUCCACACCCGAACCUGUCCGCAGGAAUCUUCACAACACACCUAAUGGAAGAGUAGGGUUUCCACAUGAAGAGAAUUUUGAGGACUUUGGUGUUGAUGAUAUAGAAUCAGACUUUUCUGAGCCCUCACAAAACAGAAGUCACGAUAGUUUACACAAAGUUAGAACCAGAAGGGGAGAUAAACAUCGUAAAAACCUAGGCCAAAGGUCCAGGGUGACAUCUGCUGCAUAUGCAAGUCAUCUUCAAAGCAGAUCCCGAAUGGAACCAGGGGAGGAGGUUUUGGACGACAUUGACGGGAAUUUCCAGAGCCUGAAUGAUCGGGUGCAGUUUUUAGAGAAACAGUUAGUCCAUAUGACAGAGGAGAAAACAUCUGUAGACACUAGCCACUCUAAACUAAAGGAUGAAAAUAGUCAUCUAAUGGAAAGGAUUCAUUCGUUAGAAGAACAACUAAAGGAUGUGGAGGUGAAAUCCCAAGAAACCCUCGCAGAGGAACAGAGGAAGUUUAAACAAAUGCUGUCUCGGGCAGAAACAGAGAAGACAGAACAAAUGUAUAUUUCUCAGAGGCUGCAGAGUAUAGAACACGAGUAUGAGCAGUUGAAACAAGAAAAUCCCAAACUCCGACUAGAAAUAGACAAAUUACGAGUGGAGAAGUUAGACCUUCAGGAUAAACUGACAGAGGCCCAGGCAGAUUACAACACCCUGUAUAGUGAACACGAGGAACUCAAGCAGAAGUUUGACAAGUCUAGACAGACUACUGGAACACUUCUGGAUGAGUUAGGGAAGGAGCUGGAAGAAUUACGUAAAUAUAAGAUUGACCAUGAACUAGGUCAAUCUCAGCGUCCCCGAAAUAACAGCUUGGCGGAAUUACCAAGUCGAUAUCAAGCACUGAACACUGAGGUCAAUAGGUUAAAGGAAGAGAACAAACAGCUUCAUGAUCUAAAUGAAGAUCUAAAUGCUCAGCUGUUGACACGGUGCAUCAAUGAAGGAAAGACCCUCGUCAACGAUACGAAAGAGAAGUCUCUAGCCACUGAACUCGAGCAUUUAACCAAGGAGGAGCUAAUGACAAGACUCCAGGAAGUGGAAACUGUGAACAUUAACCUAAAAUCUUAUGUGGACAAAAUUAUACUCACCAUUCUUGAAAAAAAUCCCUCCAUAUUGGAAAUAACAAAUCGAUAUGUUCCAAACAGUGUGUGUCUUGAUCAUGGAUUUCCAAGUAAACCAUCAUGUAUGGCUUAUGAUCCAAAGUUGAAACUGCUGGCCAUUGGAACUAAGACAGGAAGAAUCAAAAUAGUUGGAGCCCCUGGUGUAGAGUGGUCAGUGGAACUGAGACCAGAUGUAUCGGUCAAUCAGCUGUUCUUCUUACCAGAGCAGGGCCGUUUGUUGUCUUUAUGCAGUGACAACACUGUGUACCUCUGGGAGAUUAACCAUACUGGAGGGAAGUCAUUAUUGGAACAGAAGAAAGAAUACACCUUCAGUGUGGAUGAAAGUCGUAUGAAGGGAAUCUCUGUCUGCUGCUUGACAAACAACUGUGAGCAGCUUCUGAUUGGCACCGAGAUAGGAAACAUCUACAUUUUAGACCUCAACACCUUCAAACUCCUUGAUCAGAUCAUCUACCAGGAUGUGGUCAUGCAAAAUGUACCUGAUGACUUCAAAGUAAAUCCUGGUGCAAUUGAAGCUUUGGCUGUACAUCCAACUGAGAAAGAAAAGUUUUUGAUUGGCUACAACAGAGGAUUAAUUGUGUUGUGGGACAAUGAGGCAAGCAAUGCAGAUCAAACAUACAAUUCUACACAGCAAUUGGAGUCCUUAUCUUGGCACAGAAAUGGGAAGGAGUUUAUGAGUGCCCACAAUGAUGGCAGCUACAUUGUUUGGAGCACCUCUGACUCCACCACUCCCAAAGAGUCAGCAAUUACACCUUAUGGUCCAUUCCCAUGCAAAGCUAUCAGCAAAAUUGACUGGAAAACAGCAAAGUUGGAUCCUUUCAUUAUCUUUGCCGGGGGAAUGCCAAGGGCGAGUUAUGGUGACAGACACACAGUCAGUGUUAUGCAGGGCUCCAAUAACAUUCAUACCGUUCUAGACUUCACCUCUAAAGUGGUGGACUUCAUUACCAUCUCAAAAGCAGACGAAUCAGAGGACUCCAUGGAGACAGAUGAGCCCCAUACCCUGGUGGUUCUGGCAGAAGAAGAGUUGGUCCUAAUAGACCUGGAAACCCAAGGCUGGCCAACCUUCUCCCUCCCCUAUCUUAACAGCCUCCACUGCUCUCCCAUCACUUGUUCUCAGCACGUCAGUAAUAUCCCGGACAAUCUGUGGCAGAAGAUUAUUGAUGCAGGGCAGGCACAGAGCAAAAAUGUUUCAUCACGGGAAUGGCCCCUUAAUGGUGGAAAUAUUGUAGGAGCUGAAUCAUUGACUAAAGACAUAUUACUUACUGGGCAUGAGGAUGGCACUGUUCGUUUCUGGGAUGCCUCCAGCACAUCUAUGUCACUUCUUUAUAAACUAUCUACUGCUAGUCUCUUUAAUGUCGACAUACAUGGCGAACACAACUGUGGUGAAGUAGAAGAAGAAUGGCCACCAUUCAGAAAGGUUGGAAGCUAUGACCCUUUCAGUGAUGAUCCCCGCCUUGGCAUUCAGAAAAUAGCAUUAUGUCCCCUUAGUGAGACUCUGGUGGUGGCUGGCACCGCUGGUCAGGUUGUGGUGCUGCGGGCUGAACGUGAGGAGAGGGAGUUGGAGGUUAGCUCCACCACUGUCAAUGUGGUCAGUGACCAUGAUGGAUUUGUAUGGAAAGGACAUGAAGCACUGGGGAAAAAAGAGGGUGAAGUGACCUUCCCAACAGGGUUCCAGCCUGUAGCAGUUAUGCAGAUCAGUCCCCCAGCUGCCUGCACAGCCCUGGCUUUCCACUCUGAAUGGCAGUUGGUAGCAGCAGGAACUGCCCAUGGAUUUGGUCUGUUUGAUUAUGCUCAGAAGAAAGAGGUGACGUCUAGAUGUACCCUUAAUCCAGAGGACUUAACAGGAACAUCAGACACUCCAAUUUCUAGAAGAAAAAGUUUCAAGAAGUCAUUGCGGGAGUCAUUUAGACGUUUGAGAAGACGACGAUCUGAGAGAAGAAAAGCAGCUGAGGAAAAAGCUAAAGAAGAAAAGAAAGAAAGUGAAGAGAAAACAGAAGGCAUUGAGGUAAAAUCCUCUCCAACAAAGACGCCUCCUGCCUCCCCUGAGUCUCGGCCUGUAGAACGGCAAGUUGAGGCCCGCAAUCCUGAGGAUUCCAUUGGCUCAAUGGUUAGAUGUCUAUACUUUGCCAGUACCUACAUUUCAGAUGUUUCAAAUACCACUUCCUCCUUGUGGGUGGGCACCAAUGGUGGUCAUGUUUACAUCUAUACUAUAACUGUUCCCCAAGAAAAACGGUCAGAAAGUGAAGUAUCAGCAACUAUAGCUAAGGAAAUUAAACUACGCCAUAAAGCCCCAGUGAUGUCCAUUGCUGUGGUUGAUGGCAGAACGCGAGUUUUACCCGAUCCAUUAGAAGUUCAACAUGCAAGAGCUAAAGAGCCUCAAGGCAGCAACCAUUCUGUUGUCAUUUGUUCAGAAGAGCAGCUCAAGAUCUUUACAUUGCCACACCUGAAGGCUAAAUGGAAGUACAAGAUUACAGCCCUCAAUGGAUCUAGGAUUAGAAAAGUAGCUUUUGUCAAUUUUAGGAGUAGAAGUGAUGAAAAUUACAGUGAAUAUGACAUUGCCUGUUUAAACAACCAAGGUGAACUUAGUGUUUACUCUGUAUCCACACUUAGACAACAGCUAGAGGCUUCGUGUUUAAGGAGAGAGGAUAUCAAUGGAAUUUCAUCAUUCACAUUUACCAAGAAUGGACAAGGGUUUUACCUACAAUCAGCUUCAGAGUACGCAAGAGUAACAUUGUCAGCGCGAUACAUCACAGAACCCACCUGUAGCUUGGAAUUAAAAGAAGGGAUGCGUAUUCCUGCACCAGAACCAGAAGUUCCUGCACAAGAAGCAGCUCAAACUGAAGAUACAGCAGAAGAAGAGGCAGUCCCGUAUGGCAGUGGUGACAUCGCAGAAGGUCUGAAUGAUUCUGCUCUCAAUGACUCCCAAGCCAACACCACCAUGGAAGGGGAGAUCACUCAAGAUAGUGUACAAAUAAUGCAGGUUACAGAAGAGAUUUCCUCUUCAAACGAGACAACCAGGACAACCACUGUACAAGAAACAAGGACAAUCAUUUCUGGUGAUGGUACAGAGAAUUCCACCAUAACCUCAACCGUCACAGAAUCCUCACAGCUAGUAACCUCCAGCGGAGAUGCACCAGCCACAGGAAAUAUUGAGGAAUCCAAGACCCCACCCCCAGUGACACAGGUAAUUGAAAAGACAGAAGAGGAGCUGACUAAAUUAAAGAUUUCCAAUGAAGAUGAAGCGAUGAACAAGCGGCCUGCAUUGGACACUACAGCAGAAAUCCAGGGUACAGUGACAGCCAGUUAGACAGGAUCAAUCCGGGGGCUGCUCCUGUGUAGAACUGGUUGUUUAUGUAAUACUGUAGUAUAUAGCUAUGAUGAUGUUUUUUUUAGGGUUGUGCAAUGUUGGUUGGCAAUCAAUUUGUUACUGAUAACAGAGCUAAGGGGACUAACCCAGUCUUUGUGUUUCGCAUAAUUAUUGUUAGAAGUAGAUUGCGUUUAAUAUGACGUAUCGUUAUGCCUGGUAUUUUGUAUCGUAUUCCUAUUCCUUACAAAUGUGUUACUGAAUAUAGAGGUUACUCAUACAGAAUUUAUUCUUUUGUAAUAAAAUUAAAUAAUUACGUGUAUUUUAAUGUAUAAUUUUGAUAUAUUGGUUUCUAUAUAGUGUAUUUAACAUUCAUAAAAAUCGAUUGUUAAAAGUAAAGGUACUUUUUUCUUUGGAAAUGAAGAAAAUUCUAUUAAGAAGGCUUGAUUUUAAUGAAAAAAAUUGAAGAUGAAAUUGUAAGGAUGUUUUAAAUAGCACUUGAUCUCACAAGGUGGACCAGGACAGUAGAAUUGUAAAUAAUUAGUUUAAAAAAUGAAAUGCUUGUAGAAAUUUUAUGUUUUUUUUGAACCAAUAGCUUUAACAAUUUAAAAUUAUUUUUAAUUUAAUUUUUAUAUACUUGGUUGUGGCCUAGGUGAUGUGUGUUUGUGUGUCGGGAUUUAGGUGGAUUAACUGUACCUGUCCAAUGUCAGCUGAAUUGUCUGUCAUUGUAUUCCAUUGGAGUCUGCUGUUUGUGUUUUUUACUCUUAGCUGUGUAGUAUUCAAUUAUUAUUAGGAACAUCAUCAUAUCAUUUUUUUUUCAAUGCAUGUCACAUAUGGAAUUCCAGUUUUAAUGUCAUCGGAAGUUUGCUUGAAGUAGGUUGUGCAAUUUCAGACAUCUGUCAUUAAAAAAAGCUUCAGUGAUAUGGACUUGCCUUAAUUUUUUCUAUGUGCCUAAGUUGCAAUAAAUUCAUGUCAUAUA